AUGGCAUUUGGGAUCGAGCUAGGCCAAGCGUAUGUUAUCAAACGCAACCAGAAUGAACCCCCAAUACUUCUACCGGUAUCUCUGGUCAAUGCGACAUAUGGGCCAGAUGAUAUUUCGACGAUAUACGAAAUCGAAUACGCAGUUAGAGCCGUUGACAAGUUACGUUCGAGAAAAGACUUAUCACGGGACGAGAUAUCAAUGGAAUUGUACAACCACAUCCACAACAAGGACCUUUUCCAGAGCGACAUAGCAAAGUUUAUCCAAGCUUCUAUGCUGGUUGGUUAUAAAAUCGAUCCCAAGAGUUAUUUCAAAGGGUCAUGCGCUUUAUGGGACGGGGAAUCCCCGGUGAAGCUGAUGACUGUUGCCUUCAACGGAGAAAAGGAUUCCCAUGGGCAUGACCUAGUGCUACUGAAAGUUUCAUACAAGCGAUUAUCUUUGGAUAUGGUCACGAACGUCACCCAAGUUUUUCGAAUUGUAUACUAA